UCCUCCAGCACCGCCGACCACUCACCGUCUCCUUCUAAGUAUAUAUCUAUCACCAUCUUUCUCCAGUCAUUUUUGUACCCAUUUCAAGCUAGCCCUAGAUAUCAGUAGCUAUUACUUGAGAAACAAUAGGCCGGCGAAUUUGUCUCCAAGAGCAGUGAUAAUGGCAACUAAAGGUUUGAAUUUCAAGCUCUCUGCAACAUCAACAUCAUCAGACAAUUACCUAUUGAAAGUAAUAGGGUGGCUGCAAAUGAAGACUAUCCACAGUGGACAUGACAACUAGAAAUCAGCGAGGAUUUGCUGACAGCGGCACGAGCUUCUUUACCUGGUUCGCUGAUCUUGGAUGCGUUACAAUGGAGGCUUAUGAUGAGGUUGCAAACUUAAUUAAACAGGAUUUUUGGCCAAAUGCAGGCAGAUAUUUUGUCAAUGGUAAUUUAAAUGAUGAACAGAAGGUUGACCUUGUUGCAGUUGAGAAGACGGCGCAAAUUAGCUACGCGCAUUCUUUAUAAAUUGGAAAUCACAUGAGGGGUUAAAAGUUUUUUGAAUGUUGGAGUGUAUAACCUUUAUAAUGGUGUAAUUAAACUUGUAGGAGUUGGUAGUAGUCGUGGUGACCGGUGAGUGCUUAGUGUUUACUGGUUAGUAGAAGUGGAUCAAAAGUAUGAGUUUGUUAUUCUCAAGUCUGUUUAAACUGAUGCUCGGUUUCAGUUCAUGUACUCAGAUUUAUCAUCUUCAAU